CCUACUACGUCAUACCCGGAAGUGAUGCACAGUCAGCAGACUGAAGGGAAAAAAAAUAAACAACAAAAUCGGGCCGCCGUCAGUCACAAGCAGAACCUUAAUAAAACCCGCUUCGUUUGCCGGUCCAGGGCGACUUGGAGCGGGUUGAAAUGUGGAUCCAUCCGGAGGAGGUUCUGCUGGCCGGGGCCCUUUGGGUGUCCGAGCGGGCCAACCCAUUCUUUAUUCUGCAGAGGAGGCGAGGACACGGCCGUGGAGGAGGGCUGUCCGGUCUCCUGGUGGGGACUCUGGAUGUGGUUCUGGACUCCAGCGCCAGGGUGGCUCCUUACAGGAUUCUGCUGCAGACUGCAGACUCUCAGGUCUACUGGAACAUCGCCUGUGGUUCAUCAAGGAGAGAGAUCACCGAGCACUGGGACUGGCUGGAGUCCAACCUGCUGCAGACCAUCUCCAUCUUCGAUAACGAUCAAGACAUCACCACUUUUGUCAAAGGGAAGAUUUGCGGCAUUAUUGCGGAGGAGAACCGACUGAAGCAGAAUGAGGAGCCAGAGGAGGAUUGUGGGAAGUUUCAAGAAGCUGAGCUCAAGAUGAGGAAGUUGUUUGGUAUGCCCGAAGAGGAGAAGCUGGUGAACUAUUACUCGUGUAGCUACUGGAAGGGUCGAGUCCCACGGCAGGGUUGGCUCUACCUGUCCGUCAACCACCUGUGCUUCUACUCUUUCCUGUUGGGCAAAGAAGUGACGCUGGUGGUUCAGUGGACCGAGGUGACCCAGCUGGAUAAGAACGCCACCUUGUUGUUCCCGGAGAGCGUUCGUGUCAGCACCCGAGACACAGAGCAUUUCUUCUCCAUGUUCCUCAACAUCAAUGACACCUUCAAAUUGAUGGAGCAGCUUGCAAAUAUCGCUAUGCGACAGCUGCUCGACAACGAGGCGUUCGCCGCCGAUCGAUCUCUGCCGAAACCGUGCAAGACUCUCAAAAACGUCUCCGUGCUCAAGAGAGAUUUGGAUGCAAGGGCAAAGAACGAGCGCUACCGGAGCACCUUCAGGUUGACGCAGGACGAACGUCUGGACGGACACACUGACUGCACGCUAUGGACGCCCUUCGCCAAAAUGCAUGUGGUGGGCCAGCUGUUCAUCUCCAAUAAUUACAUCUGCUUCAACAGCCGAGAAGAAGACCUCUGCCAGUUGAUCAUCCCCCUCAGAGAGGUGUCCAUUGUGGAGAAGGCGGACAGCAGCAGCGUUCUGCCAUGUCCCGUCUCCAUCAGCACCAAGAACAAGAUGAACUUCCUGUUCGCCAACCUCAAAGACAGAGACUUCCUCGUCCAGCGCAUUUCCGACUUCCUGCAAAGGACCCCGGACAGCUCAUGGGGGGACACGAGUCCAAUGUCAGCCUUGGGUCACUUGGCAGAGUCCCAGUCUGUCCACAGGGGGCGCCACUACCAUCCAGAUGUCCCCACAGCCAGACAGGGUCUGCUGCAGCUCUACCAGAAAGACGCUCCAGAAGACCUGGGACCCAAGGCUAUGAAGGAGAAGAUGAAAGAGGAGGCGUGGAACAUUCACUUCUCUGAGUUUGGCCGUGGCGUCUGCAUGUACAGAACCUCCAGAACCAGAGAUCUUGUCCUCAGUGGGAUUCCGGAGCGCCUGAGAGGAGAACUGUGGUUGCUCUUCUCAGGAGCACAGAACCAGAUGGCGACGCACGCCGGUUACUAUGGCGACCUGGUGGAGCAGUCGAUGGGGCUUUGUUCCUUAGCCACGGAGGAGAUUGAGCGUGACCUUCACCGCUCCAUGCCGGAGCACAGAGCAUUCCAGAACGAGACGGGCAUCGCUGCAUUGCGACGCGUACUCACCGCCUACGCCCACAGGAACCCAGGAAUUGGGUACUGCCAGGCCAUGAACAUCGUCACAUCUGUGUUGCUGCUCUACUGUACGGAGGAGGAAGCCUUCUGGCUGCUGGUGGCGCUCUGUGAACGCAUGCUGCCUGACUACUACAACACCAGGGUCGUAGGAGCUUUGGUGGAUCAGGGCGUGUUUGAAGACCUGACCCGGGCCUUCCUCCCUAUGCUGCAUGACCACAUGCAGGAUCUGGGGGUCAUCUCCACCAUUAGCCUGUCCUGGUUCCUCACCCUCUUCCUGUCUGUGAUGCCCUUCGAUAGCGCUGUGCUGCUCGUGGACUGCUUCUUCUACGAGGGCAUCAAGGUCAUCUUUCAGGUGGCGCUGGCAGUGCUGCAUGACAACAUGGACGCGUUGUUGUCCUGCAAUGACGAGGGUGAAGCCAUGACCAUUUUGGGCAGGUACCUGGAUAAUGUGGUGAAUAAGCAGAUCGGCCCUUCACCUGUCCCUCAUCUACACGCACUGCUCACUAGUGGAGAUGAACCGCCACCUGAGAUCGACGUCUUCGACCUCAUCAAGUCGUCGUACGAGAAGUUCGGCAGCCUUCGUUCUGACGUCAUUGAGCAGAUGAGGUUCAAACAGAGGUUAAAGGUCAUCCAGUCGCUGGAGGACACAGCCAAGCGAAGCGUGGUGAGAGCCAUGAUGACCGAGUCAGCCUUCAGCAUUGAGGAGCUGGAGGAGCUGUACUGUCUCUUUAAGUCCAAACACAUGACCAGCUGUUACUGGGGCUCCAGCAGCUCAGCGGCCGAGCGCCACGACCCGAGUCUGCCUUACCUGGAACAGUACCGCAUCGACCCGCUCCAGUUCAGCCAGCUGUUCAGCGCUCUCGCCCCCUGGGUCUGUGGAGGCCACACCCCUGUGCUCUCCGCCCGCCUCUUCCGGAUCCUGGAUCAGAACCAAGACGGGCUGGUCAAUUUCAAGGAGUUUAUCACAGCGCUCAGCGGCAUGUAUCAUGGCGACAUGACGGAGAAGCUCAAACUGCUCUACAAGCUCCACCUUCCACCUGCGUUGUGUCCUGAGGAGGCGGAGUCUGCUCUAGAGGCGUCCCAAUUCUUCACAGAUGACACACCCCCAGAAGCUUCCUUCCUGCCAAGUGUGGACAUUAUGGGCCAGCAGGAAGUCACAACAGGUGAGGAGGUCAAGAAGGAUCCAGAAGGAGGCAGGUCUAGUGAGGAGAAGAAAGAGGACUACAGGUACUACCUGAGGAUGUGGGCUAAGGAGAAGGAGCCCAAGAACGAGACCAUCAAAGACCUGCCCAGGAUGAACCAGGAGCAAUUCAUCGAGCUGUGUAAGAGCCUGUACAACAUGUUCAGCGAGGAGCCUCAGGAGCAGCAGCUGUACCACGCCAUCGCCACCGUGGCCAGCCUGCUGCUGCGCAUCGGCGAGGUCGGCAAGAAGUUCAACAACAACGGAGGCAAGAAGACAGACGGCGGCCAGGCCCCGCCCACAACGCCUUGUGACGCAUCAGGCGAGUCCCACGCGUGCCAGGCGCUUGCCGACGUCCACCUGGAGUCACCUGCUCCGCCCACGUGGGAGGAGGAGCCUCGAGACGACACAUCGGUGUCGUCGUACUCAAUGGUGAGCUCCGGCUCGCUGCCGUGUGACGACAUCGCAGAUGACAUGGUGCUGGUCUGUGGCGAGCGGCAGAGGCGUGGCAGCGUGCUGGAUGCCGAUUGGUCCAUCAGCUUCGAGCAGGUGCUGGCGUCCAUGCUGACCGAGCCGCCGUUGGUCGACUACUUUGAGAGAAAAAGGGACAUUCAGGCCAAGAUGGCCGCCUGCAAGGCGCAGCGAGUGGUGGAGCGUCAGACAAGCUCCGCCUCCUCUGACCACGAACUCAGCCAGCACUCUGUCUGAGCGACCUUUGUCCCAUUUGUGUCCUCACGUUUCACGUCCUGUGCUGAUGUCACCGGCAGCUGCGUCUCCACGGUGACGUCCGUAACCACACUUCCUGUUUUCUUCAGGAGCAAUGUCUUUUAAUGUGAAAGAGCCAAUACUAACACAUCUUUAUUGAUCUUGUAUUGAUCACUGAGUCCGGGAUUAAUUUCAUAUGAUUGUUGGGGAUGAUGAUGAUGAUGAUAAGUUCAUGUUCUAACACAUCAAUCUUCAAGUGACACUAAUAUGUUUAUGUAUAUGAACACGCUUUUAUUGUUUUGGACUUUUUAAUCCUUUGUCUUGUAAUGAUGUCUAAUAAAUGACUUAAAAUAAACCCGCACAA